AUAUUUUACAGAGAGAGAGACCAACAGAAGAACCAUAGUUUGACUUGGCAGCGAUCUUCUUCACUCAAUUCUACUUCCCACCAACAAUGGCGGCCUCCGCUCUGAAGAUCUCUCUCAACCCCAUUCCCAACGACGCAUACUCAUUUAAUACCAGAAAAAUCGCAGCAUUCUCUAUUAGCAGAAACUGCAAUCCUUCUUUCUCGCGUCCAGCUUCAAUCAGAACUCAACCGAAUACAUUCCGACCCGUUCGAGCAUCGGCGUCGGGUCGGGUCUCCGGAUCAACACCACUCACAUUCGACGUGGUCGUCGUUGGAGCGGGUGUAAUUGGAUUGACCAUUGCCCGCCAAUUCCUCCUCGGGUCGAAUCUGUCCGUCGCCGUCGUCGACGCCGCCGUUCCCUGCGCCGGCGCCACCGGUGCAGGGCAGGGUUACAUAUGGAGGGUACACAAAACUCCGGGGACGGAGAAAUGGGAGCUGGCUAUGAGAAGCCAUCAGCUGUGGGAGGCUCUGGCUGAGAGCAUUCGGAUUGAAGGCGUGGAUCCGUUAUCGGCACUUGGCUGGAAGAAGACAGGGAGUUUGCUAGUUGGUAGAACGGCAGAUGACUGUUCUGUGUUGAGAAAGAAGGUGGAGCAGCUAGUGGAUGCUGGCUUAGGUGCAGAAUUCUUGUCUUCUGAUGAUUUGUUGGCAGAAGAACCAGCUCUUAAGCUUGGAGAGGAAUGUGGUGCAGCUUUUAUGCCAGAUGACUGUCAGUUAGAUGCUCGACGUGCUGUUGCAUUUAUUGAGAAGGCUAACAGGUACUUCGCAGCAGAAGGGAGAUAUGCGGAGUUCUAUAAUGAGCCAGUAACUAGUUUACUCAGAUCUGAGAGCAGCGGAGAUGUUGAUGGAGUUCAAACUUCCAAGAAUACAUUGUACUGCAAGAAAGCUGUUGUCAUUGCAGCAGGAUGUUGGAGUGGUUCUUUGAUGCACAACCUUAUGCAGAAUUCUGAAAUUGAGCUAGAUCUCCCAGUAAGGCCUCGAAAGGGUCAUCUGCUCGUUCUCGAAAAUUUCAAGUCUUUUAACCUUAAUCAUGGCCUUAUGGAAGUGGGAUAUGUCAAUCAUGAAUCUGCAAUCGUAAGCUCUACUUCAUCAGAUUCAAGUACUGGACAUGAUGCGAAUACUGCAUCUAUUUCAAUGACAGCUACAAUGGACAUGUCAGGGAGGCUUGUUCUUGGAAGCAGCCGCCAGCUAAUGGGGUUCAAUACCGAGAUCGAUGAAUCUAUCAUUAAUCGGAUAUGGGGGAGAGCAAGUGAGUUCUUUCCUGCACUAAAAGAAGUAUCUCUAAACAAUUCGAGCAAAAGCAGAGAAGUAAGAGUCGGCCUGAGACCUUACAUGCCUAGUGGAAAACCAGUGAUUGGGCCUGUGCCUGGAUUAUCAAAGGCCUUUCUUGCCGCUGGGCACGAAGGAGAAGGGCUCUCACUGGCUUUGGGCACGGCUGAAAUGAUUGUCAACAUGGUUUUGGAGAAUCCUCAAAAUGUGAAUCCCGCGCCUUUCUCGGUAUAGGUUCGGCCUCUCUCUUCUGUCAGCUCUUACUCGAUUGUUGUAUGAAAAUGUUCGGGUUGACUACGAGUGUUUGGUCAAUGCAAAAACGGUAUCAGUUCAAAUCUCCUCAUUUUCAGUAUUUUCUUUCUGGUGUAGAAUCUUUCUGAUGUAGAAUCCGUUGGCAAGAAAAUAUGAUUUGUUGUUUGGUAGUUA